AUGAUUUUUCAAAUCUUUUCUUUUCUAUUUAUUGUUCUCACAAAUUUUUGUUCAAAUACUCAAGUAUAUGCAUCACCGGUGCUUCUUUGGGCCAAUGUGAAUCUACCUCGAUCAACUGUUUCUCUUUCUACACUCUCAUCACUGGAUUUCAUAUCUAAUUAUGUUUGUCAAAUAGCUACCAAAGAAAUUCAAUUGCGCAUUUUUACUGUUAAUAAUCUCACUAUCGAAGGUAUCCAACAAGGUCUACAAAGUGAUUAUCCACUUUUAUUGGAUGCUAAAAAGACAGAAACAAAUUUUCGUUAUUAUCCAAAUGUCGCCGAUGAUAUAUACCAAACAUUUUUGCUUCUACAGUCAAAUACUAAUCAAUGUCCCAGUAAACGUUUUCAAUUAAAAUCAUCGGAAAAUUUUGACAAAUUAGAUGAUGCAUUACAUGAAGUGGAAGAAAAAAUAGCUGAUGUUGGUGUGGAUACAAGUUCAACUGUUCUUUUUGCAAUUAUAAAUCAUCCAGUUGACAAUCGUAAACUGUACCGUCAAAGACGACAAACAACGAACAAUGAAAGCUCUGUUCUCAUAUUGAAUAAUGAUACAUGCAUGUUUUAUGCCAAACAAUUGCAUUGGAAUGAUGUUAAUGGAUCAUUAUCAGGUGCUCGUGUUUAUAAUCUUAGCUUAACUAACAGUUCAUGUGAAUCAACAAUAUCACCUAUAGGCAAUCAUAGCUCAGUCGUUCUCAAACUUAUUUGGACAAAUGAUCAAAUACCAUCGGAUAUUGUCAACAUGAGUUUAACGACAACAAUUAUCGGACGUUAUUGGACAUUGGAAAAUGCUACUAUCAAUGAUAAAGAAUACCGUUAUUUUGCAUAUGGAAUGCAUAGUCAAAUGGAGACACCUCCAACAUAUUCGUAUGUUUGCACGACAGCAACGUUCGUUCGAUAUGAUGCUUUAUAUGAUAAAUAUGGACAAUAUAAUUUUAGUAAAAAAUUUUACAUAACAGAUCUUCAAUUUCAACCAUUCAAUAGUAGUCAAUUUUCUUUUGGUCCACCGAAUUAUUGUACAUCAUUUUUCACACGAGGCAUAUGGAUGGCUAUAACAUCAAGUUUACUUUGCCUAGGCAUAUUACUAUUCGCCAUUUAUCAUCUGAUGGCAAUUAAAUCAAAUGAUCGAUUUGAUGAUCCAAAAGGAAAACCAUUAUUUAUUAAAACUCAAGAAUAA